AUGGAGUUACCAGCCUUGGUUCAGGCUCCACCAUUGCAGUCAGCUACACGUCUGGCUCCACAAACACAGUCUGCGGCAUCAUUGCCAGUAAGCUUACACAGAAUCCCUUGCUACAAGAAUUGCCAAACCAUUUCAAUCCAACCAGAAAUUUCCUACAAAUCCAUAUCUGGAGGUCUGGGCUAUUUCUGUGGCCUACAGUCCGGCGGGUUGAGCAUCAUAUGCUGGGACACAAUGAGCUUUCGAGCCAAAAGAAUUUACUAUAGCAAGGAUAACCGUUUAAAGGGCUUAUCUGUCGGAAACUAUCAGGUCUGUGCACUUCAGUUCACCACAGGUGCGGCCUUAUGCUGGCGGUUUCCAUCAUCCGAGGAGGGAACGAAAUUCCGGGCAAUAACUUCAGGUGAAGGAUUCUCUUGUGGAAUAUUAAAGAACGCUGGUAGAGUCCACUGUUGGGGUCGUAGUGAAAUUGGAGCAGAGAUUGAAAUACAGUUUAAAAGCUUGCCAAUGCUCAACUUAAUUGCAGGUGAGUCUCAUGCAUGUGGAGUGACUAAAGCUGGAACUUUGAUUUGCAAAGGUAGUAACAUUGGUGGACAACUCAAUGUUCCUUCUCAUUAUGCUUUCGAAUUUUCGAGUCUGGCUUUGGGAGCGAAUCAUAGCUGUGGAAUUAGUAAGAAGAAUGGUUUGGUUGUUUGUUGGGGAGGAGGUUCAAGAAAAUUGGAGUUUUCCAGUAAUGUAGUAGAUGAAGUGUCUUUCGAAAACAUAGUUGCCGGAUUGGAUUUUACAUGUGGAUUGACAACCAAGGAUUUAUCCAUUAUCUGUUGGGGGCCAGGAUGGUCUAGAAACCUUACUGCAGGAGAUGUGGUUUUACUGGAACCAGUACUUCCUGGACCUUGUAUGCAAAUGUCAUGUAGUGUUUGUGGGGUGUACCCAAAUUCAGGCAGUCUUUGUGCUGGUUCGGGGAGCAUAUGCAAAGUGUGUGAAGUUGAGCUCCCAAUUCCAGUGAAUCUACCUCCACUAAUGCCAUCAACCCCCGGAUCACAAGUUCCAGAGCUAGCAUCUUCCCCUUCAAGGACUAAGAACAGGCUCUUCUUGGCAUUUGGGGUUGUGGGCUGUAUCGGGGCUUUUGCCGGCAUUUGUACCAUUGCCUACUGUUUCUGUGCUGGAUUAUGUGGGAAUGGACAUAAGAAUGUCUAUAAACCCGUGGUUCUGCAACCCACUAGUGCUAGAUCAAAUCUGGAAGACUAUUUAGCUGCUUCCAUUCUUCCUCCAUCAGGAUCAUCAUCCAUCAAGCGCAACAAUUCUUGGGUUUUAAGGGGUCAGAGGAGUGGUACUUCAUCAAGGCAGACUGAGAGAACGGAGAACUUUACCCUGUCAGAGCUUGCAGCUAAUACCAGUAAUUUUGCACAAGAAAACAAGAUUGGUGGUGGUAGCUUUGGCAGAGUUUACAAAGGCAAGCUUGCUGAUGGUCGUGAAGUGGCUAUUAAGAGAGCAGAGUGCAGUUCCAAAACAAAGAAGUUUCAGGAGAAAGAGAGCUCAUUUCUCUCCGAAAUAGCUUUGUUAUCAUGCCUCAACCACAAGCAUUUAGUUGGACUUGUGGGUUUUUGCCAAGAAAAUGAUGAGAGACUUUUAGUUUAUGAGUACAUGAGAAAUGGAUCACUGCAUGAUCACCUGCAUGGCCAAAGAAACAAGGAUAGCAGCAUGCUAAAUUCUUGGAGAAUGAGGAUCAGAAUUGCACUAGAUGCUGCAAGGGGAAUUGAGUAUCUGCACAACUAUUCCAUUCCACCGAUAAUUCACAGGGACAUCAAGUCCUCAAACAUACUUCUUGAUGGAAAUUGGACAGCAAGAGUGUCUGAUUUCGGGUUAUCGUUAAUGUGGCCAGAGUCUGAAGACGAGCCCAUGUAUAUGAAAGCGGUUGGUACCGUUGGCUACAUUGAUCCCGAGUGCUACGUGCUCAAUAUUCUUACCGUAAAGAGUGAUGUAUAUGGAUUUGGGGUGGUGUUAUUAGAACUUUUGACAGGGAAAAAAGCAGUAUUCACGAAUGAAGGCGCUGGCCCUAUGGGAGUUGUUGAAUAUGCAAGGCCAUGGAUAGUAGCAGGAGAACUGGAAAAGAUCCUGGACAAGCGAGUGGGACUGCCAGAAAUGAACGAGAUUGAGGCGGUUGAGGUUGUGGCUUGCACAGCUUUGCAUUGCAUAAGCUUACAGGGUAAAGAUAGACCAACAGUGAGUGAUGUUGUGGCUAAAUUGGAGAGGGCACUUGCUCUUUGCGAUGACAGUUCAGCUAUGGUGAUUGCAUCUCCAGCUUGA